AUGGGGCUUUCAACCCUCUCUGCCUGGCUGAUACUGAUGGGGACCUGGAUAUUUGCCCCCCUUCCUGCCAACACCCUCCAGACCCCAGCCCUGAACAUGACCCAAAUGACCCAGCUGUUCCAGGAUUUUAUGGUACAAUAUAACAAAUCCUACAGAAGCCCAAAAGAGACCCAUCAUCGUUUCAAGGUCUUCGUUCAGAAUUUCAAAGUCAGCCAUGACUUGCAGGCCUCGGAGCUGGGCACAGCAGAGUACGGAGUCACCCAGUUCAGUGAUCUGACAGAAAGAGAGUUUGAGGAGAUGUUUGGGAUCCCUCAUCCCAUAGAAGCCCCCACACACAAUUGGAUGGCGAAACCCCUGAGGGCACAUUUAGCGCUAUCCUGCGACUGGAGGAAAUUUGGAGCCAUCACAGAAGUGAAAAACCAGGGCAAAUUAUGUAGGUCGUGUUGGGCUUUUGCUGCCGCGUCCAACAUUGAGGCCCUGUGGAACAUCCACCGACGAACACCACGAAAUGUCUCUGUGCAGGAGUUGAUCGAUUGCACCGGUGGCAUAGAUAGCUGCAAAGGAGGUUACGUGUGGGAUGCCUUCCUGACUGUCAUCAAUCGCAGUGGAUUGUCAAGCAGCAGACUGUACCCAUAUGCAGAGAAAGAUCAACGGUGCCAACAUUAUCACAAACGAGUAGUUACUGGGAUCGAGGGCUAUGAAAUAUUGCCCAGAGAUGAGAGGGACAUGGCUGAAAUGGUUGCUUCCCAAGGUCCCGUAACUGCUCUUUUCAACAUGAAACCUCUUCAGCUGUACAAAAAUGGAGUUAUCCGGAGAACGACUAAGGACUGCAGCAAAGACCAUCCGGACCAUUUUGCACUCAUCGUGGGCUAUGGGCAAGUUCCUAGACAACGUGGAUCCCCAGCCCAAAGAUACUGGAUAAUCCAGAACUCCUGGGGAAAGGAAUGGGGAGAGAAGGGAUAUUUCAGACUGCACCGUGGGGAUAACGCUUGUGGCAUUGCCAUGUAUGCGGUGACAGCGAUAGUCAAGAAUUCGGAGACAAGAUCUGAAGAAAGGGUGCCAUGUCCCAGAUGAAGGGGAAAAAACGUGCGUGCGCCCUGUGCUUAGG